GCUGCACAGACCUUGCAGACAUGUCGGGGUUCAGCCCGGAACUCAUCGACUACCUGGAAGGGAAAAUCUCCUUUGAGGAGUUCGAGAGGCGGAGAGAAGAAAGAAAAACCCGCGAGAAGAAAAGUCUUCAGGAAAAAGGAAAGUUAUCAGCUGAAGAAAAUCCAGAUGACUCUGAAGUUCCAUCAUCAUCAGGAAUUGACUCUACCAAAUCCCAAGACAAAGAUGUCAAUGAAGCUCCUCUGGCUUAUGAGCCAUUCUCUACUCUUGCCAUGAUAUAUGAGGACCAAGGUGACAUGGAGAAAUCGUUGCAGUUUGAGUUGAUUGCUGCACAUUUAAAUCCCAGUGACACAGAAGAAUGGGUUAGACUGGCAGAAAUGUCUCUGGAACAAGACAAUAUUAAGCAGGCUAUUUUUUGCUAUACAAAAGCUCUUAAAUAUGAACCUACUAAUGUCCGUUAUCUGUGGGAGCGAUCAAGUCUUUAUGAACAGAUGGGUGAUCAUAAAAUGGCCAUGGAUGGUUAUAGGCGUAUUUUAAACCUUUUGUCUCCAUCUGAUGGAGAACGUUUUAUGCAAUUGGCCAGAGAUAUGGCAAAGAGUUACUAUGAAGCCAAUGAUGUUACUUCAGCUAUUAACAUAAUUGAUGAAGCUUUCUCAAAACACCAGAGCCUAGUCUCCAUGGAAGAUGUUAACAUAGCAGCUGAACUGUGUAUUUCUAACAAGCAGUAUGACAAAGCUUUGGAGCAAGCUCAUGAGAAUGUUACCUGCACUAUACCUGAUGGUGUGCCAAUAGAUAUCACGGUCAAGCUGAUGGUCUGCCUUGUGCAUCUCAACAUCCUUGAACCACUUAAUGUAAGUAACAUUAAGAUCUCUGCUUUUUCUUCAUUAAUGGAUGCUUUUUGGAUGGCACUGAUGGGUUUCAUUUUUAGAAAUCAGGAAGAUUGUCAUUUUACAUUAUUUUCCUCCUCAUCCUCUUUCUGCAAUUUUAGGAUAAUGGUAAUGGAAAACGUCAAUAAACCUCAGCUCUGGAACAUUUUCAAUCAAGUUACCAUGCACUCCCAAGAUGUGCGCCAUCAUCGCUUCUGUCUCCGAUUAAUGCUGAAAAACCCAGAUAAUCAUGCACUGUGUGUCUUAAAUGGACACAAUGCAUUUGUAUCUGGUAGUUUUAAGCAUGCACUUGGACAGUACGUGCAAGCCUUUCGUACCCACCCCCACGAACCUCUCUAUAGCCUCUGUAUAGGCCUAACCUUUAUUCAUAUGGCAUCUCAGAAGUACGUGUUAAGGAGACAUGCUCUUGUUGUACAGGGUAUAGAAGUUGACCAGUUAGACUUACGAAGAGAUAUUGCCUACAACUUGUCUCUCAUUUAUCAGAGCAGCGGGAAUACUGGAAUGGCUCAAAAGCUUUUGUAUACCUAUUGUUCUAUCUAAAGCACCUCAGUUGAGAAAGCCCUGGCAGCU